UUACAUGACAGAUGAACAGGUGUCAUGGAACCCUAUCUGUCUAUCAAAGUAACAUAUCAAAGUACAAGAUCGACCUUAAACAUGCUCAAUACAAUGAUAUUGAUAAGAGAUAUUUCAAUCAGCUGAUUCAACUUAAGACAACGGAAAUGGCAAACAAGGACCUUGACAGAUACUACAACGCACUUGAUAAGGCACUCAUGCGUUUUCAUACAAUGAAAAUGGAGGAAAUAAAUAAGAUCAUAAAAGAAUUAUGGCAGCAAACAUAUAGGGGCCAGGAUAUAGAUUACAUUAGUAUCCACUCUGAUUCGGAAGGUGCUGGGAGUCGGUCAUACAGCUACAGAGUCCUGAUGCAGACUGGUGAAACCGAGCUUGAGAUGAGGGGAAGGUGCAGUGCUGGUCAAAAGGUUCUUGCUUCUCUUAUCAUAAGAUUGGCGCUCGCUGAAACAUUUUGUCUAAAUUGUGGAAUACUUGCACUGGAUGAGCCAACCACCAACUUGGAUGGGCCAAACGCAGAAAGUCUAGCCGCUGCUCUCGUAAGAAUCAUGGAAGAUCGGAAGGGUCAAGAGAACUUUCAGUUGAUAGUCAUUACACAUGAUGAAAGAUUUGCUCAGCUGAUCGGUCAGCGCCAGCAUGCUGAGAAAUAUUAUCGGGUCACAAAGGACGAACAUCAACACAGCAUUAUUGAAGCUCAAGAAAUUUUUGAUUGAUUUUGUUGCGUCAAGAUGGAGAUUAUUGGCUUACAAAAAAUCUCUUAGUUGAAUGUUAUCAGUAGGCCUAUCUCAAAACAAUUUACAGAUCAGCUGAAGUGAAACAAAGACCAGCAUCAAUGCCUUUUUUAUUUGGAUUGGUGGGUUCUGGUUGAGUUUUGUUUAUUGUAUCCAAGAACCUACUGUACAUAAGUAUGUUUUUAAUUAAUCUAGUUUUAAUUGAUACA